AACAGGAAAAACAAACCUUUUGUAGUUCGUUCGUACCUCGCAAAAAUGGGAACUCCCCUGUUACUCGUAUCCUACACCAUUUUCAUCUCUUUGUUUUCCCACACUGCCAUUGCAACAAACAGUACCUUAACCCCAGCCCAAAACCUCACCGACGGCCAAGCCUUGGUUUCCCCCAACCAACGGUUCGAGCUCAGCUUUUUCAGUCCAGGAAAUUCGAAAAACCGUUACCUGGGUGUACGCUACCACAACCUCCCCCUCACGGUGGUUUGGGUGGCUAACAAAAACCACCCCAUCACCGACGCCUCCGGCCAGCUAACGGUAACCGAAAAUGGGGCCCUCGUGAUAAAAAACGGGUCUGACGGUAUAGUGUGGGACACCAACGGGACGGAGGCGGGAAAUAGUCCCAUUGUGCAGCUGUUGGAUUCGGGCAAUCUAGUCGUGAGAGAGAACGAAAGCGGCGAUUUUAUUUGGGAGAGUUUCGAUUACUUAUCGGACACGUUGUUGCCGGGCAUGAAGCUGGGGUGGAAUGUGAAGACGAGACUCAACAGGGUCAUGAGAUCCUGGAAGAGUAACGAGGACCCCUCGGACGGUGAGUUCAGUUUCAGCCUCGACCCGCCCGAGUCGCCGCAGCUGAUUCUGAGGAAGAACUCGGAGAACCAGUACAGGUGGGGGCCGUGGGACGGAGCUAGGUUCAGCGGCAGCAACGAGUUGAAAACAAACCCGGUUUUUACGCCGAUUUUCACCUCCAAUUCCGAUGAAGUUUAUUACACGUAUCAAGUGCUGAACGACUCUGUUUUGUUCAGGUUCGUGGUCACGCAAUUGGGCUUGGUCCAGUACUACACAUGGCGGAAUGAGGAAUGGGUCAUGAUGGUGACCCUUAACCGAGACUAUUGCGACCGUUAUGCCAUGUGUGGCGCCUAUGGAAAUUGCUACGAUGAUGACGUCCCUUGCCGGUGUUUGAAGGGCUUCACGCCGAAAUCACCACAAGAUUGGAAUAUGUUAGAUUCGUCGGGCGGGUGUAGGCGGAAACAUGAGCUAAAUUGUAGCAAUAAUAUUGGAGAUGGGUUUGUCAAGUACAGUGGAUUGAAAUUGCCUGAUCAUUCUGUUUUGUGGGAAAAUUAUGACCUUGAGGAAUGUAGAACCGAGUGCUUGAAGACGUGCAAUUGUAUGGGGUUUACUAAUAUCAAUGUGAGUGGAAAUGGGCGUCAAUGCGUGGUAUGGUUGGAUGAGCUGAUCGAUAUUCGGCAUUUUCCAGAUGGUGGGGAGGAGCUUUAUAUACGAAUGGCACGCGCAGAACUAGAAUCGAUUGCUGAUGCAAAGAGGAAAAAGAAAAUGGUGGUGAUUGUCGUUGUUGUGGUAUGUACAGUUUUGGGGAUGAUUAUCUCAGCUACAAUUGGCUAUUAUAUUUGUCAGUUAAGGAAGGCAAAAAUUAAAGCUGAACAGGAAAAGAGUUUCUUCAAAGUUUCUAAUGAAGAAAGUCAAGAUAAUGCUUUUGAAUUACCUAUUUUUGAUCUGAGUACCAUUUCCUCUGCGACUGAAAAGUUCUCUUCCGGAAAAAAGAUAGGACAAGGUGGUUUUGGCCCUGUUUAUGAGGGUGUAUUGCCCAAUGGUCAAGUAAUAGCUGUGAAGAGGCUCUCACAGAGUUCUGGACAAGGCGUCCUGGAGUUUAAGAAUGAAGUUAUUUUGAUUGCAAAACUCCAACACCGCAACCUUGUUAGGCUCCUGGGGUGCUGCAUUCAAGGAGAAGAAAGGAUGCUUAUUUAUGAAUUUCUGCCCAACAAAAGCUUGGACAACUUCAUAUUCGAUCGAACAAGAAGAGAACUGCUGCUUUGGAAACAGCGCUUCAACAUCAUUGCUGGAAUUGCACGAGGACUACUUUAUCUGCAUGAAGACUCGAGAUUGAGAAUUAUUCAUAGGGAUCUUAAAGCAAGUAAUGUUUUACUAGACAAUGAGAUGACCCCCAAAAUUUCCGACUUUGGCAUAGCAAGAAUUUUCGGAGGAGAGCAAACAGAGGGAAAGACCAAGAGAGUAAUGGGGACAUAUGGUUAUAUGUCUCCUGAAUAUGCAAUGAGUGGUCACUUUUCUGUGAAGUCAGAUGUGUUCAGCUUCGGUGUUUUAGUCUUAGAGAUAAUAAGUGGCAAGAAAAAUUGGGGUUUUUAUCACCCUGAUCAUGACCUCAACCUUAUCGGGCAUGCAUGGAAACUAUGGAAUGAAGAGAGUCCUCUGGAACUAAUGGAUGUAGUAUUGAAGGAGUCAUUUUCAGAAAAUGAAGUGGUAAGAUGUAUGCAAGUGGGCCUUUUAUGUGUACAACAACGUACAGAAGACAGGCCAACAAUGUCGUCUGUCGUUUUUAUGCUGAGUAAUGAAAGUGCAGCUCUACCCCAACCGAAAGAACCUGGUUUUUCAGUGCAAAGCUUUUCCUUGAAGGUUGAAUCGGCAUCAAGUGGACAAACUUCUAGUACUGCAGCUUCUGCUAAUGACAUUACGAUCACAGCAUUGACCGGACGAUAGAAGGAUUAAUGCAUUCAAGAACUUCCACAUUCUGUGAGUUUACGAUUUCCUAUUGUACGAGUGUUGUACAACCCAUAGGAUUUUUGAGCAACUCUAUGAAAUAGUAGAUAAUGGCCGCGUCUUUCCCUUGUAUAGAUUCAGUGUGUCAGAAUACUAGAAUGCUGUAACUAUAGGUUAGCUUAGCUCAUGUUAGGCAUUUUAGGUCUGUUGGAGCCUUGGAAGUACAUUGUUGAGUUCAUUCAACUCCUUUUGGAGUGGUUCUAUAUAUAAUUCCUUAUCA